CCUUCCCAGGGUGUGUUAGCGCCUCUCCUGCAGCGCCUGGCCGGGUGGUCCCAAUCCCCGGCGGCAGCUGCACACGCCCGGAAGCCAGGGACAGAGGCUGGGUCCCUCUUUUUUCCUGGCGGUGGUGACAGCACCUGCUCGGAUCUGGUCGGGCGCCGCCGUCCGGAGCGCCCCGCCCCGCGCAGAGGGAGCCCGCCGGGCGCUGGGGACUCGGGCAGGGAGUCCCUUCCCAAGGGCGCGCACGCCCCGCCCGCCCCACCCACUCCUGCGCCCGCGCCCCGCGCUGCUUGGCUCCGGGUGGUUCCUGUCCUCCCGCGGGUCCGAGAGCGCCGGAAACCCAGAGGCGGCGAAGCAGAGAGGAGUCCCGCCCGUCCCGCUCGCACGGCUCCAGGUCCGGAGUCUGCGCUGUAGCCGCGCGGGGAGAGGCCGUCUCUGCGCCCGCUCCGACCGUCCGAGUCCGCGGCGAGCCGCGCCACCAGCCAUGGACUCCCGCCCGCUCUCGGUUCCCCGGGCGCUGCCAUCGCCGCGGCUGCUGCUGCUGCUGUCUCUGCUGCCAGUGGCCAGGGCCUCGGCGGCUGAGCACCGUCUCUUUGAGCGGCUGUUUGAAGAUUACAAUGAGAUCAUCCGGCCUGUGGCCAACGUGUCUGACCCAGUCAUCAUCCAUUUCGAGGUGUCCAUGUCUCAGCUGGUGAAGGUGGAUGAAGUAAACCAGAUCAUGGAGACCAACCUGUGGCUCAAGCAAAUCUGGAAUGACUACAAGCUGAAGUGGAACCCCUCGGACUACGGUGGGGCGGAGUUCAUGCGUGUCCCUGCCCAGAAGAUCUGGAAGCCCGACAUUGUGCUGUAUAACAACGCCGUUGGGGAUUUCCAGGUGGACGACAAGACCAAAGCCUUACUCAAGUACACUGGGGAGGUGACGUGGAUACCUCCGGCCAUCUUCAAGAGCUCCUGCAAAAUUGAUGUGACCUACUUCCCGUUUGAUUACCAAAACUGCACCAUGAAGUUCGGUUCCUGGUCUUACGACAAGGCGAAAAUCGAUCUGGUCCUGAUCGGCUCCUCCAUGAACCUCAAGGACUACUGGGAGAGCGGCGAGUGGGCCAUCAUCAAAGCCCCGGGCUACAAGCACGACAUCAAGUACAACUGCUGCGAGGAGAUCUACCCCGACAUCACGUACUCGCUGUACAUCCGGCGGCUGCCGCUGUUCUACACCAUCAACCUCAUCAUCCCCUGCCUGCUCAUCUCCUUCCUCACGGUGCUCGUCUUCUACCUGCCCUCCGACUGCGGCGAGAAGGUGACCCUGUGCAUUUCCGUCCUCCUCUCCCUGACGGUGUUUCUCCUGGUCAUCACUGAGACCAUCCCCUCCACCUCGCUAGUCAUCCCCCUGAUCGGAGAGUACCUCCUAUUCACCAUGAUCUUCGUCACCUUGUCCAUCGUCAUCACCGUCUUCGUGCUCAACGUGCACUACAGAACCCCGACGACACACACGAUGCCCUCCUGGGUGAAGACCGUGUUCUUGAACCUGCUCCCCAGGGUCAUGUUCAUGACCAGGCCAAGCAGCAACGAGGGCAGCGCUCAGAAGCCGAGGCCCCUGUACGGCGCCGAGCUCUCAAAUCUGAAUUGCUUCAGCCGUGCAGAGGGCAAAGGCUGCAAGGACGGCUGCCCCUGCCAGGACGGGGUGUGCAGCUACUGCCGCCACCGCAGAAUCAAAAUCUCCAAUUUCAGUGCCAACCUCACGAGAAGCUCCAGUUCUGAAUCGGUGGAUGCUGUGCUCUCGCUCUCUGCUUUGUCACCAGAAAUCAAAGAAGCCAUCCAAAGUGUCAAGUAUAUUGCUGAAAAUAUGAAGGCACAAGACAAAGCCAAAGAGGAGCAAAAAGCCCAAGAGAUCCAACAAUUGAAACGAAAAGAAAAGUCCACAGAAACAUCCGAUCAAGAACCUGGGCUAUGAAUUUCCAAUCUUCAACAACCUGUUAUGAAAAAAAUAAAAACACAUUAAACAAUUGUAAA